UUAGAAAGUUUAAAACAAAAGUGUCUGGGUAACGGAAAAGAAAUAGGAAAGAUUUUGAAAACGGAUCUGAUAAAGAGUUAAAGGAGAUAUUGUUUUGGAAAGGAAGAAUUUAAGUGAAAGAAAUUUAAUUAAAUCUGCAAAAUUAUGGGAAUGUUGGUCCCAAGAUUACUGUCUGUAUUUGUCUUAGUUGCCCUAACUUCCAACACAAUUGCCCAACAAACCAAGGCCACAAAAUAUUUUCUGGAAAAAACCAACAUCCAAAUUAAACCAUUUUCUUUACAAAGUGCUAGAAAUGGAAAAUUGCUCACUUCUAAUCUGGAGCAAUUUCGUGACUUAUAUGCAGACACCAAAUAUCUCUUAACCCAACAAUAUUAUCGGGACUAUAAAACGAACUAUAAAAUAUUGUUGAUGAAGGAAAGAUGCAGCCAAAAAUAGGCGCAGAUGUUCCCUUUCCCUGUGGCACAAAUAAUAGUCGUUCCUUAGAACCCCCCACUAGUGUUCACCGCUUAAGACCCGGUGAUGAUAUUAUCGGAGCCAUGGGUGAUUCUAUAACCGCCGGUACAGCCAUGAUGUCGAAAACUUUACUACAAAUAUUUAUAGAAUUUCGUGGGCAAACCGUACUGGGAGGUGGUUUAAAAGAUUGGCGAACUUAUCUUACUCUACCCAAUAUAUUGAAAGUAUUCAAUCCCAAUCUAUAUGGUUACUCUGUGGCCAAUACUUUGGCGAAAUUUCGUGAAGCUCGUUUUAAUCCUGCCGAAGCUUUUGCCACUACACAGGAUAUGCCCUAUAUGGCGGAAGUUUUAGUUAAACGUAUGCAAACAGAUCCCAAGGUGGAUAUGUUGAAACACUGGAAAAUGAUUUCCAUAUUUAUAGGAGCCAACGAUAUCUGCAAUGAUAUGUGUUACUACGACAAUAUAGAAGAUUUCCUUAAAAAUCAUCGCCGUGAUUUACAUCGAGCCCUAACUAUACUUAAAGAAAAUAUUCCACGUUUAUUGGUUAAUGUUAUAUCCAUACCAAAUAUCGACACUACCAUACGCCUUAUGAAAGGUAUUCCAGCACAAUGUGAGACUCUGCAUAAGGCCAGUUGUCGUUGUGUUAUCAGUGACUCCUUAAGCUCAAAGCAACUUAAGGUAAUACGUCAAAAUAUUCAACGUUUUCAAGAAAUUGAUACAGAAGUUGCUUCUCUGCCAGAAUUUCAAUUGGAAGACUUUGCUGCCGUUCCUCGUGCACUGACAGUAAAUAAGACUUUGAGGACCCUUAAAGAUGGACGCACCGAUUUGAGAUAUUUUGCCAUUGAUUGUUUUCAUUUUAGUCAAUAUGGCAAUGCUGCCUUUACGAAUAUGUUAUGGAAUGAUAUGUUGCAAGUUAAGCCGGAACCAUAUACUACUCUUUUGAGACCAUUUGAAAUGUUUGCCUGUCCCAGUGAGGAGCGACCUUAUAUAUCUACUUUAGCAAAUAGUUAGUCAUUAAGCGUAACUAAAUUGUAUAGAAGUUAUAUGUAAAUUCAUAGUUGUUUUUAAAUAGUAAUAUUGAAACUGUAUGUAAAAUAAAUCUAAUAAAAAUUUUAUUUCAAUAA